CGCGCGCCAGGUGCCCCGGCUAUGGAGCAUAAACAAGAGGGGUCGGGAUGAGGCGGCGGUUGAUGCCCGAGCAGCGAGUGGGGGCGAGCGAGGCGGCGAGCGGGGCUCGGCGCCGACCCUGAGCUCACCCGACCUGCCCACCCGCGCGCGAGCCCAGGGUCGGGCCCACUAGCCGCGCGCCCACCAUGAACCUGGCGAGUCAGAGCGGCGAGGCCGGCGCCAGCCAGCUGCUCUUCGCCAACUUCAACCAGGACGUCACGUCUCUAGCUGUUGGUAGUAAAUCCGGUUAUAAGUUUUUCUCCCUUUCUUCUGUGGAUAAACUGGAACAGAUCUAUGAAUGCACUGACACUGAAGACGUGUGCAUCGUGGAAAGGUUGUUCUCCAGCAGCUUAGUGGCCAUCGUGAGCCUCAAAGCUCCCAGGAAGCUCAAAGUCUGCCACUUUAAGAAGGGCACCGAGAUCUGCAACUACAGCUAUUCCAACACCAUCCUGGCUGUGAGGCUGAACCGGCAGAGGCUGAUAGUGUGCCUGGAGGAGUCCCUGUACAUACACAACAUCCGGGACAUGAAGGUGCUGCACACCAUCCGGGAGACGCCCCCGAACCCCGCGGGCCUGUGCGCCCUGUCCAUCAGCAACGAGCACUGCUACCUGGCGUACCCCGGCAGCGCCACCAUCGGGGAGGUGCAGGUCUUCGACACCAUCAACCUGAGAGCUGCCAACAUGAUCCCGGCCCACGACAGCCCGUUAGCCGCGCUGGCCUUUGAUGCCAGUGGAACCAAGCUCGCCACUGCUUCCGAGAAGGGGACCGUGAUUAGGGUGUUUUCCAUUCCAGAGGGACAAAAACUCUUUGAGUUCCGGAGAGGAGUGAAGAGGUGUGUGAGCAUCUGCUCGCUGGCCUUCAGCAUGGAUGGCAUGUUCCUGUCCGCGUCCAGCAACACUGAGACUGUGCACAUCUUCAAACUCGAGACUGUGAAAGAAAAACCUCAGGAGGAGCCCACCACCUGGACGGGGUACUUCGGGAAGGUGCUCAUGGCAUCUACCAGCUACCUGCCCUCCCAAGUGACAGAAAUGUUCAACCAGGGCAGAGCCUUCGCCACGGUCCGCCUGCCUUUCUGUGGCCACAAGAACAUCUGUGCGCUGGCCACAAUCCAGAAGAUUCCCCGGUUGCUGGUGGGAGCGUCCGAUGGGUACUUAUACAUGUACAACCUGGACCCCCAGGAGGGAGGCGAGUGCACCUUGAUGAAGCAGCACAAGUUGGAUGGCAGCGGGGAGACAACCAACGAGAUCCUGGACUCCACAUCCCAUGACUGCCCCCUGGUGACUCAGGCCCACAGCACGGCCGCGGCCAAAGGUGCUCACGUGCCUUCGUCUCCCACGACACUCGCCUAUGCGGACGAGCUGGGCGCGGCGGGCGGCGUGUGUCUGGAGGAUGAAGCCAGCGCCCUGCGGCUGGAGGAGGACAGUGAGCAUCCUCCAAUGAUUCUGCGGACGGACUGAGCUCCACCUGUGAACUCUUUCGACCCCUGAGGCAGAGAACACUGGCUUGACAGAGGACUUCAAGUGAUGCUGCUAUGAACUUUGACCCGAGCUGGGGGAGAGGAUGGCAGAGACUUGAAAAGAAAAAAAAAAAAGAUUGUAGCUGUAGCCUCAUUCCAUACUGUUGAGAAAUACAUUGUUUUCACUUCAGUGGCUUUUAAUUCUGCUUAUGAAUUUUAGCUUUCUGUUUGUUUUCUUUUUUUGCCAAAAUUAACUGUUUGGUGAAGCCCUGAAAUCUUGCUUUGCAUGUGUCCGUGUGCCAAGCCAGCACAGGGGCCUAGAAGCCACUUCAUGACACACUGCAGUCAUUUGGUUUUUUAAAUCUAUGUGUAAUGAGGAGCGGCACGAGCAGGCGGCGGCACACGGCGCGGGGCUGGUUCUGCCCGGGCGGGGCCGGGCGUCGGCCAGGGGUGGGGAGCCUCUCUCCCUGGAGCCCAUCUGGGACCAUUUCCCCAUCUUAUUUUGUUAAUUAAAUUCUUUCCAAAUUGGA